AUGCGCGCGGGCGAGGCGUCGUACGACGGGUUCGGGGAGGCGCCGCGAGGGCGGCUGGCGCGGGAGGGCGCGGAGGACGCGCGGCGACGCGGCCGCGGGAGCGAGCGCGAGGCGCGGUACGAUCGAGCGGCGGCGAGGCGCGAGCGGGGGGUGGCGCCGACGAUCGCGGAGGGGCUGGUGGGGGAGAUCGUGUACGGGACGAAUCCGGUGCUGGAGGCGCUGCGGCGGAAUCGACGCGCGCUGUUCGCGCUGUACGUGCAGACGGGCGAGGGCGGCGCGGCGAACGGAGGGAAGGGCGCGGGCGCGGAGUCGGAGAUCUUGCGGUUGGCGGAGGCGCGCGCGGUGACGGUGAAGCGCGCGAGCAAGCACGAUUUAAACAUGGCGUGCGAUAAUAAACCGCACCAGGGCGUGUUGCUCGACGCCGAGGCGUUGGAGAUUCCGACGCUGGAGGACUUACCGAAGUGGGACGGGCGAGGCGAACCCCCGGUGUGGCUCGCGCUGGAUGAAAUCGUGGAUCCUCAAAAUUUGGGCGCCGCCCUGCGAAGCGCGCACUUUUUAGGCGUCGACGGCGUCGUCUGUUGCGCCAAGAACAGCGCCCCGUUCAACGCCACCGUGAGCAAAGCGAGCGCGGGCGCCAUGGAGGCUCAGGUCGUCCAUCAGACGGGCGUCAUGCACAGAUUUUUAGCCAAGGCUCGAGACGAGGGCUGGGACGUCGUCGGCGCCGCCGCCGACGCUCGCGCCGAGGACGUCUCCGAUUUCUCCGUGCGCGCGCCGACGAUUCUCGUCAUGGGCAACGAGGGCUCGGGUUUGCGCACCAACGUCCGCCGCGCGUGCAACCGCUUGAUAGAGAUCCCUCGUUCGGCGUCUUCCGCCGCGGGCGUGGACUCUCUGAACGUCUCCGUCGCCGCCGGCAUUCUCAUUCACCGUCUCGUCGCCGCGCGUCGGUCGCGCGCGUGA